AUGUUCCAGUCUAUCCAGCAAGUGUUUGAGCGCAAUGUGGAGUUGUUAGGCAGUCAGAAGUCUACCAAAGAGAAGGCCCGAUCCCUGAUCACCAAGAUAGUAAACUCGCUGACUGCAUGCUCUGAAAUUGGUGGACCCAUGGCAGCCAUGUAUCUGCUCAAGUAUCCAGACCACCACAAAAGUCACAAAUUCCGCACCUGCUUCUGGAGAGGAUAUGUGUAUGAGGUUAUGCAUGCAAGGGAGGACUCUGCCAAGAUUGCUGAGGAAGGGACCACCAAAGUCAUGCUCGGACUUUCAGGAACAUCCAAGCGGAUCAUAGCAUUGUCACCUGUGCAGGAUUAUAUAUGGCGACCCACUGAGUACGAGCACAUGCCACUAUAUGACUGGGUCAGAUUGGCAGAUAAACAGCGCAUCAAGCACCGCAAAAAGGGUCCCAAGAAAUCUGAAGAGGAUACAUCAAACCAGGAGCUUGAAGCAGAUAGCGCACCUAAGCCCAGGAAAUCCAGGUCAAAAUAUGUGCAGUUCCAUGAAAAUCAUCCACAGUAUGACACCCAUCAUGUGAAGCUGCUGGACGAGUCUGAGGCAUAUGUUCCCAACUUUAUUGGUGGUUCACUCCCCAGAAGAGAUGCAGGCAACCGUGAACAAUACUGCAUGACCAUG